UAUAAUUACAGUUUUUUUAAUUUUGGAUAAAGCUAAAACUGAAUAGCGCUGGAGUAGAGGAUACUUGUAUCAUUUUUCUGUCUUUAGUGGGUUCAAUGGUUAGGCUGGUUAGGUAGUAUGUCUUUGAUAUUAAAUGAUGUUUCUAUUACUAUUAUUAUAUUUUUAGGUUAAUCACUUUUCAAUUGUUUAUGAUUUAAUUCUUGUGAAUUAUGAGAACUUACAAAUUAAAAAAAAAAAGCCCACAAAAGAGGCGAGAUGGCCCAUAAAAGAGGCACAUAGAGCCCAAAAAAGAGGUAAAGAAAAGAGGCCUAAGGCCCAAGGAUUCCCAUGAUGAUAAAGCUAAAAUUGAAUAGCGCAAAUUCUGAGGUUUCCUUUAAAAAAAAAAAAAGAGCUCAUCUUAUUGUUCUCUAUUAUCGAGUCUUUUAUUCGAGCAGGCGCUCAGUAAUACAUUGUCUUCAAGUCAAAAAAAUUCCAUUGGUUGCAGUAUUUCACAUGACUUCAAGCUACUUUGAUUUUACUUUACACGCGCUCUCUCUCUCUCUGAUCUAGCCAGUCUACUACUAACAAUCGGAGUGCAACAUCAUCUGUUUAAUACUAACAUUCUACUUCUGACUUAACCAGUGUAGUAGCCUACUAACAUUAGGUUUCGAUUUCAUCAGUUUAUUUCUCAGGAAAUGAUCUGUCAACAUCAUGACAAACUCCCGCGAAAAUCGUGUAAUAGUAUGACCUUCAAAAAUAUUACCCCCCCCCUUUUUUUUUUCCCAAUAUUAUUUGACUAAAGUCACCACGCCCCUCCACUUUUUGCCAAUGUUUUCUCAGUCUAGCUUAUCUUUACAUUUAUUUUGUAGCCCUUUCUCUCCCCCUGAAACUUCUUUCUGCUAAAUCUGACUCCGACAAAUCCACUCUUCAACACACCGAUGACACUUCGUUAGUGUCUCGUCAUGAAGUAGUACUUUAACUUGACUCAUUGCGUCUAGCUGUCCGGACAUCUACAACAGAAUAGUCUCUGGAGACGGACAUGUAUGUUUUCAUAAAUUAUAAGCAAACUUGAAAGCUGUUAUAUGAUAUUAAUCUUCGGAUAUCCCUUGCUGUUAAAAACCAAUGUUUAGUUUUGUUAUCCAAUCUAAUGAAAUGUUUUAUUCACUCACUCAUUUCAAGUGUCUUCAUUCACGUUCUAAUGUUCGGGAGGUACCACUAUUUUGAGGCCAGUUUGGCCAGUUGGCCAGGUUUGGUUACUUGCUCUCUCAGAUGGCGUUAACUACCAAACAGCUGUUACGAGAUCAACCUCCAGCCUGGUACAUUAGUGCUUCGACACCUUCAAGUACAGAAAUCAGAUGUCAUCUGGCCACGUGACCAAAAAAUCAAUCUACCUUUGGGAAAAACAAUCUAUUUCCUCUAAAUGAAAAGUUCGUAAUUAAUCAAGACAUUGUUGGCCGUGCAGAUAACUUUACAAUAUGUUAUCACACAGCCAAUGAGAAUUUUUACUACAGCUCUAUGAUAAAUAAAUAUUUCUGAGAAAAUAAUUUUGCAGCUUCUAAACCGCAAUAAUGUUCAGUCAAAGGAUUACAUUUUAUUGAACUGGAGAUUAUGUCACCUUAAUUGCGUCCUUCAGAGUUUAGUUAUUUUUAAAAUGGAAAUACCGGAAAUUCACGUAGCAGAUGAGAACAAUGUUCUGACACGCUACACUGACCCCAUUGAUUUGUGUAACGCCUGCCGAGCUUUUUAUCAGUCUCGGUUGGAGAUGACCAAGACUGUCAAGGCUCAAUGGAGGUGUUCAGUGGUUGUGGGCGGAGAUGGACUUCAGGGGAAAGAAUCCAAGAAACAUUCCAGUAAGAAGAGCUCGCUAGACAUUGCCAUCCAGCUUCUGAAACAUGAAAUGGCAUGUCUGAUGGAGCAAGAUCUUUAUCUAAUGAAACAAAUGUUGACUCUAAACGAGGAAAUCGAAGAUCUCAAGUGGCGGAGGCGACACGCCUGGGGAACCAGCUCGUCUUCCUUCUAUAGCUCAGACAUGAUGCAGUCCAACUUAUCUUUGGGGAAAGGGGAGGAACAGGCCCCUUUCAAGUUUUCUCCUCCAUCUUCUUUGUCUCUGCAACUUGAAGGCGCCUCCACCCGAUUCUCACUUUAUAAUGACGACGAUCCUUAUGGAACAUUUAAUAGGAAACACUUGCUCCAAGGACGCUAUGGGACCAACAGGAGGAGCAUAGGACGGACACCAUUCGUGCUGUCCAGCGUCCCUUUAUCUCAACACAGCAACUCUCUGCCUGAAUCUGACAACACGACCAAACAGUCGUCGCCCAGCGAGCAAGAAUCUAGACUCAGUAGCUUAACAGGGUCUCUAGAGAGAGUUCACGUGGACGUGAUGUCCGAGGAAACAGAAGCAGACAACGGUGAUCACGUGGUACUAUCCGUCUCACGUGAUCCAAGUAACGCUGUGGACAGGGAAUUAGAUUAUCGCGACUCCGAUAGUUUGAGGUCGGAUGUUGCGCCAAAGGAGAAAUCGAAUUUCACGCGUAAGAAUGGAAAACUUCAACAGGUGGCUAUGGACUCACAGGACUCUGGUAUACACGAUUGUAACAGCGGCUCCUUGUGAUAUAGAUGGACUCACAGGACUCUGGUAUACACGAUUGUAACAGCGGCUCCUUGUGAUAUAGAUGGACUCACAGGACUCUGGUAUACACGAUUGUAACAGCGGCUCCUUGUGAUAUAGAUGGACUCACAGGACUCUGGUAUACACGAUUGUAACAGCGGCUCCUUGUGAUAUAGAUGGACUCACAGGACUCUGGUAUACACGAUUGUAACAGCGGCUCAUUGUGAUAUAGAUGGACUCACAGGACUCUGGUAUACACGAUUGUAACAGCGGCUCCUUGUGAUAUAGAUGGACUCACAGGACUCUGGUAUACACGAUUUUAAUAGCGGCUCCUUGUUAUAUAGAUGGACUCACAGGACUCUGGUAUACACGAUUGUAAUAGCAGCUCCUUGUUAUAUAGUCCUUCUACAUUUGAUUAACAUUGGAAGCUUUGAGAGACCUGAUCAUGAGAUCCUUUUGUGUUCUUUGCAAUGCCAAAGUCUCGCUCAGUGAAACUGUCACAACACAACAGAUGUCGAAAAGAGGCUUUUUUUGUGUGCAUAACACUACAUUCAUAUACAUAUCUAUGUAGUCAAACUAUGGGAACGUGAGACAAAACACAUUCAAAGGAUAUUCAUUUUGUUUCAGAAAUGUGUCGGAUAUAUGUUCGCCAACUAGGAUUUGUCGAAAUGUACAUGUAUUUUUAGAGCAAUAAGUUAAAACUAAAUACAUCGAUUUUAAAUGCGUCUAACGAUGGGUCUGGCAAACAGACUCACUUAUAACUAACGCUUUUAAGAGUAGCGCUUGUAAAAACAGAACUAAAAUUCAGAUAUAAAAAAAAACUAAUGUAUUUAAAAGGGAUCAUUCCAAUCCUGUGCAGUGGUACAGCAAGGACUGAUGACAUUAUAAGUUCUAUACUUCUGUACAAGCCUGCUUCUGGUGUGAGCGAGUAGUUAGCACAAAAUAUUUUGAAUAUUUGUAAUCGACUAAUAGAACGGAUUGGAUUUCGUUAUUAAAGUGACUGCCAAGUCCCAGCUGUGACCUAUAUAGUUUGCCAUAAUUAACGUUUUGUUUAUUAGUGGUUUCAUUGCUUAAGACAGUGAGAGUAUAAGGUCAGGGCACCAUCUGAUUCUCUUUGAUCCACUGCUAGACCAAAGAAUGCUCAUUUAAACUCUAAAAAAAACACCCCUCUAAUGUGGAAAAAAUCUAAAUACUAAAGAUUAAUCGGGCACUAACAUUGACCAACCGCCCGGUUUAUCUCCAGACGAUGAUAUCCUCACCGAAGACAUUAAAUAACAUUUAGCAGACUGAGGACCACUUUUGUAUAUAGGCUCUUUUAGCUUGAAAUAUCUUUUGACAUAUAAAUAUAUAUUUGUACACUGGCAUUACACACGACUUAUGGAUUCUACACAUAGCACCUUUGGAUAAUUUUACCCUUUUUUUUAGUGGGGGGGGAUCUUUUAAUCAUAAAGCAAACAGUGUGCGAUAUAGGACUCCGCAAACAUUUCUCUAGAACAUCAGUCUCAGGACUAGAGGGAAAAAAUGCAUUUUUAUAAAAGGGGGGGGGGCAAUUGAAUGCCACAUACCCUUUCUCCAGACUUUAUUUAUUUUUGGUUUUGUGGCCUGGAUGUCUAAGGAAAUAUCAAGUGGGUUUUACUCAUUCUAAUCGUUUAGUUGAUCCCUUAAAAUCAUUCCUCGCUCUCUCUCUUUCUCUCUCUCUCUCUCUCUCAAUCAAAAGAAAGAAUCUACUUCUAUCUUUUGGAUUCUUUCUUUCUUUCUUUCUUAAUUAGCGGAAUGGACGUAAGACAAAGUUAUGAAGGGAAAAAAAAAGAACGUAUUUUGUUGUGUGUGUGUGUGUGAGAUGUAUUCCCAUUGAUCCUGUAGAUAUAGACUAAGGUCUUUGAAGGAAAUAUUGAAAAUAACAUUCAAAGGUUUAAUAGAAAGCUUGCGGUUUUUCACGACUUUGUUUUAAGGUUUCUAAUCUGUCCAAUCCACAUCUUAGCAACACCAAAGAGGUCAAAGGAAUUGGUUCACGAAAUGUCAACCCGUACGGACAUUGAUGCUAUCUGUUGAUACCUAAAUCAAGUGGUAUUUGUCUCUUACACUAUAGAUGAAAUAGUGACACAAUUCAAGAGAAGAAACACUUUGUAAUUACUAUUUUUAUUCCUAUGUUUAAUGAUCAUUUCAUCUUGCAGUGACCAUGCAUUUGCUUUCAUUGACUUAGUAAAAUAAAACAUGUAUAAAUAGAUGUACAAAUAUUUCAUAGAUUACACAAUAUUUAUCAUGUGUAUAUUGAUUUCAUCUCGAAGAACAAAGCUAUACUUCACCAAUGUGUAUUUGGUUGUGAGUACUGAAAUGGUAGGGGAAAUAACAAAAAAAAUAUGUACGACAAAGUCAAUUCCUAGUGACCUCCCUUUCUCUGUAUAAUGAUAUAUCUGUUCAUGCGUGGAUAGUGUUAAUUAUUUUGUAUUUCUAAAAUUCGUUUUAAAAACAUUAAAUAAAAUGUUAAAAUUC